AUUUAGUUACUUUAUGAGUCUGUUAUAAAACUACAAGCCCCAGAAUGCAUUGCGUGACUCGUUCAGUAACAGCAGUGACUUACACGACCUCACCCAACAUGGCGGCCGUAAGGUGUCACUAAGUAAUGGCGAGCCAGGACAGAGGAGAGAUGAUUGAGAAGAUCUUGAAUCAUGCUCUGGGGAUCAUCUACGUGCUGACGGGAGAGGUCUCCCUCCUGCAGCAUCUGAAGAACUCGGUGAUAAGGUUCUCGAUAAACAGGGACAGGAAAAUGAUGUGUGAGAGGAUCAUGAAUCACGCUCUGGAGAUAAUCUACCUGAUGGCAGGAGAGGUGAUGUCACAUGUAUACCCUACUUCAUUACAGAUACGUAUGACUAGAGAGGAAUACACCAUUGUGAGGAUGAAUUCCCCCCACAGCAGCAGUAGCCUACUGACCGGUGAGGUCCCUAUAAAGUGUGAUGAUGUUGCCGUCUAUUUCACUAUGGAGGAGUGGGAUUAUAUAGAGGGACACAAGGACGUUUACAAGGACCUGAUGAUGAAGACUGCUCAACCUAUCAGUGCAUUGAAGAUUUCGGUACACGGAGCAUUAGAUGACCCUAUGCCAAGGGACAUGGUGAAGGAAUCUUCUGCUGCAGACUGCUCAACACAGCCAAUAACGGAGGAUGAUAGCAGCCUUUCUCUGCCAGAUGAAAGUGAUCAGAAGCCACCAGACCUGAAUGUUAACAAUGAUUGUAAUAAUGACACCUGGUGCAUUAGGGAAGUUCUAGUAGAUGAGAUAAAACCAAUUCAACAGGAGCCAGAGACUGAAAACCAACAGCGGUCACAAAUAAGCAAAAAAAGCAAAAAACUGUCUGGAUCAAAAUGUAAGUCAAAGGCCCAAAAGGAAAUUGAUAUUAGGGACAAACCUUUUAAAUGCAAUGAAUGUUCUGCAUUCUUUUCAUACAAGUCCCAGUUCCUAACCCAUCAGAAAACUCACAUGAAGGAUAAGAGAAAUGUGUGUUCUGAAUGCGACAUGCUCUUUAAUAAUAGGUCACAACUGAAUGUCCACAAGAGAACCCAUAAAAGCAAUGCGUCCUAUGCCUGUCCUGAUUGUGGCAAAUGCUUCCUUGAUAAAUCACAUCUCGUCCAACAUCAAAUAUUUCAUACAGGUGAGAAGCCGUACGGUUGUCCUGAUUGCAAUAAAACAUUUGCUAACAGAUCACACCUAUCUCAACACCAAAGGACACAUACAGGAGAAAAGCCGUAUGGCUGCCCAGACUGCGACAAGAGAUUUGCUAAUAGAUCACAUUUGGUGCAACACCAAAGAAUUCAUACAGGAGAGAAGCCAUAUGUAUGUCCUGAUUGUGGCAAAAGCUACACUCAGAGUUCACAGUUGGCGAUACAUAAGAGGAGUCACACUGGAGAGAAGCCUUACUCUUGCCAGCAGUGUGGAAAAGCCUUUUCUGUAAGGGCAAGCUUAUUCAAACAUGCUAUAAUACAUACUGGGCAGAAACCAUACCCAUGCUCUGAUUGUGGCAAAUGUUUUUCUAUACGAUCUGCUCUGGUUACACAUCAGCGAAUUCAUGCAGGAGAGAAACCUUAUAGAUGCAAGGAUUGUGGGAAAGGAUUCUGUCACAACUCUCACCUUGUUAUACACCAAAGGACUCAUACAGGAGAAAAGCCACACGUGUGCCAAGACUGCGGCAAGGGCUACUAUGUCAAGUCGCAGCUGGUUAUACAUCAAAGGAAUCAUACAGGAGAGAAGCCCCAUGUGUGCCCAGACUGCGGCAAGGGUUACUACGUAAGGUCCCAGCUGGUCAUACACCAGAGAAAGCACACUGGGGAGAAACCGUAUGUUUGUUCUGAGUGUGGGAAAUGUUUCACCUCACGCUCAAUUCUCUCUACGCACCAGAAAAUUCAUUCAGGCGAAAAGCCGUAUGUGUGUCCUGUAUGUGACAAGGGCUUCGCUAGGAGCUCAACCCUGCAAAUACAUAGCAAGAUUCAUGCAGUGUAUAACUGACUUUUUUAUUAAACACAGAAGAGGAAUUGCUGACUUAUUACAACCUGUAGCGUUAGUGACUUUUUCAUAGUUGUUUUUUUUACUUUAAAAGUAAUUCAGUAUUUAUUUAAAGGGACAGUCAAGUCCAAAUAAACCAUUUCAAAUAGGGCAUGUAAUUUUAAACAACUUUCCAAUUUACUUUUAUCACCAAUUUUGCUUUGUUCUUUUGGUAUUCUUAGUUGAGAGCUAAACCUAGUAAGGCUCAUAUGAUAAUUUCUAAGCCCCUGAAGGCCGGCUCUUAUCACCAGCUUUUUUAUUUGCUUUUCACAACAGGGGAGAGCUAGUUCAUGUAAACCAUAUAGAUACCAUUGUGAUCACGCCCGUGGAUUGUGGCAGACACUGCACUAAUUAGCUAAAAUGAAAUCAGUAUUUAGUGAUUAAUUUAGUUUAUUUAUUGCAGGUACAGACUGCACAUCAUCAGGAUGAAUGCUAUAGUAUGGGGUUCCUCAUAAUUUUUUUUUUCUUCAUUGUUACAUAUUUAUGUAAAUGAUAGACAAUACAUUUCUUGAUAACAAAAGACUGUAUUAGUAAAAAUCUUCCAUUGUCA